GAGAUUUGGCCGAUCCCGAAAACAACAUCAACCUGUCUUCUCUUCUCUUCCCCCUCCAUCCACCUCGUCACCCUCUCGUCUGCGAUAUUGUGCAUUCGCAUUCCUCGAUUCGAUAAAGUCACACACACACCUCACAUUUCUCCAGUUUCGCUAUGUGGAUUAUUAACUGGUUCUACGAUGUGCUCGCCUCUCUUGGCCUGCUCAACAAGCACGCUAAGCUUCUUUUCCUCGGUUUGGACAAUGCCGGAAAGACCACCCUGCUCCACAUGUUGAAGAACGACCGUGUUGCUGUCCUCUCGCCGACUGCGCACCCCACCUCUGAGGAGCUGGCUAUUGGCAACAACCGUUUCACUACCUUCGAUCUGGGUGGUCACCAGCAGGCUCGCCGUCUGUGGAAGGACUACUUCCCCGAGGUCAGCGGUAUCGUCUUCCUUGUCGAUGCCAAGGAUUACGAGCGUUUCCCCGAGUCCAAGGCUGAGCUCGACGCUCUCCUCGCCAUGGAGGACCUCGCCAAGGUUCCCUUCCUUGUCCUCGGAAACAAGAUCGAUCACCCCGAUGCUGUGAGCGAGGAUGAGCUGCGCCACCAGCUUGGUCUGUACCAGACCACCGGCAAGGGCAAGGUUCCUCUCGAGGGCAUCCGGCCCAUUGAGCUGUUCAUGUGCAGUGUUGUCAUGAGACAGGGUUACGGCGAGGGUAUCCGCUGGCUGUCCCAGUACGUUUAAAGCGCUCCACUUUAAACAUAUCCUCAAAUCCUCCCCCACUCAU